AUGAUGAAUAUCGUCAUAAUAUCAAUCGUUGAAAAAAAAGGUGUAUUUAAUUUAGAUGAUAUUAUUCAAAUACUUCGUGAUGAACGAAUGAAAGAUAUCUGUGUUAUUGAAAUUUCACCAGAACAACAAUAUGUUCGAUAUCUAAUAUUAGCUACUGCUUUUAGUGCCCGUCAUUUGAAAAGUACAAGUGAAUAUAUUAAUAAAUUAAAAUCAAAUGAUCCUUAUCUAAGUAAUGAAUGUCUUGAUGGUUCAAGAUGGCAUCAUAUGGAUAUAGGUUCAGGAAUAUUUCAAGAUCCACCAUCACGAAAACAUAUGACAUUAGAUGAUCUUCCACAUAAAAAAAAUGUAGAAGAACAAACAAAUAUUGAAGUUGAAAAAGAAUUUAUUAAUUUACCAAGUGAUCCAAAACCACCAGUUUAUAAAGAACAAAAAGUUAAUUAA